AUGGAUUCAAAAUACCCUAUUACUAAGAGACCGUAUGGUGAGGAGUUAGAUCCUUUGAACGAUAAGAAACAACGUAUUGAAGAUGCUCCUCCCGGUUAUGAUAAUAAGCAUUCAUAUGAUAGAGGUGCACCACCACCACCUCCACAAUCUUCUUAUUAUGAUGCACCACCACCACCACCUUACAGAAACAACUCUCCUCCUUCAUAUGAUAGUCGUGGACCACCACCUCCACCAUCUUCGUAUGACAAUCGUGGACCUCCACCACCUGCCUAUUAUGACAGUCGUGGACCACCUCCACCCUCACACUAUGAUAGUCGUGGACCACCACCACCUUCACCCUAUGAUAAUCGCGGACCACCACCACCUUCUCCCUAUGACAAUCGUGGACCACCACCACCUUCACCAUAUGACAGUCGUGGACCACCUCCACCUUCUCCCUACGACAGACCACCUCCACCCGCAUCUCCAUACGACAGACCACCACCUCCAUUGUCGUCAUCUUAUGAUGGUCGUGGACCUCCACCACCAGCUCCACCCUAUGACAGUCGUGGACCACCUCCACCAUCUCCCUAUGAUGGUCGUGGACCUCCACCACCAGCUUCACCCUAUGACAGUCGUGGACCACCUCCACCUUCUCCCUAUGAUGCUCGUGGACCACCACCACCAGCUUCACCCUAUGACAGUCGUGGUCCACCUCCACCUUCACCAUAUGAUAGUCGUGGUCCACCUCCACCUUCACCCUAUGACAGUCGUGGUCCACCACCACCUUCAUAUUAUGAUAAUCGUGGACCACCACCACCCUCUUACUAUGACAAUCGUGGACCACCACCUCCAGCAUCUUCAUACUAUGGCGGUGGAUACGAUAGACGUCCACCACCUCCAGCUUCACCCUAUGACAGUCGUGGACCACCUCCACCCGCAUCUCCAUAUGACAGACCACCUCCACCACAUGGAAGUUAUGGACCACCACCUCCUUCAUCACCCUAUCAUGAUAAUCGUGGACCACCAUCAUCUGGAUACUACGGUGAUUAUGGCAGACCAUCUGGAUACUAUUCACAGCCACCACCAGUCGCUGGAGGCGAUAGUCCACCCUAUGGUUCGGAACCAAGAGGGCUACCACCACCUCCAAGAGCUAGCAGUUCCCACAGAGAAGAAAUUGAAGGACAAGGACAAUCACAAUCACAAUUACCACCACCACCACCACCACCACCACCACCACCACCACCACCACCACCACAGCAACAACAGCAACAUCAACAAAGUGAAUUGUCACCACCUCACUACAGGUCCAACGACGAUAUUCGUGUACCUAUCCCAGUGAAGCAAGAGCCAAAUGAUCUACAUGGAUCUUCUUCAUCAGUUCCAGUCUCUAAAGAUCCCCACUACGAUUACGAGCACGAAGAGAGAAGCAGAAAGAGAGAGGAGUUGGCUCGUGUGCGUGAAGAGCGAAGCGGUCUCUCCUAUGAGGAGAGACGUGAGUCGAGAAGCGAGCGACCGUAUGGACGUGAGAGAUCAUUCGAGCGAAGAGAUGACAGACGUGAUGACUUUUCCUCGCAUUCCAAUGAACCAAAUUCAGCCGAUGACUACGGAAAGACAAGUUUACUCUCGAUCAUUCCAAAGACCAGAAAGGAGUUUACAAAGGAUGACGAUGUCACUGGUUUGGUUACCUCCAAACAGACUGGUGGUAGAUUUGAAAAAGUUAGAAUUACAACCAAUCAUUUCAUGCUCAACUUGAAAUCUAAAGUUAUCUAUAAAUAUUCGAUUGAAUUUGAUCCACCAAUUGAAAACAGAGGUAUAAGAGUUAAAGCAAUGAACAAUUCAAUGCCAAAAGAGUUUACACCUUUCAAUUACGAUGGUACUAGUUUGUUGUAUUCUAUUCGUGAUCAACCAACUCAGCUCUAUCCAUACAACACGGAGGGAAAGACUGGAACUAUCAAAGUUGCAUUUGUCCGUGAGCUGGCACAAGACGAUCGUUCACUCCUUCAAUUCUACAAUGUUUUCCUGAAACAGUUGAUGUUGCGUGUCGAUUACAGUAUCAUUGGAAGACAAUAUUACAAUUCAAAGCUCAAAAGCAGAAUCGAAGGAAAAUCUUUGGAGUAUUGGUCUGGUUUCUCUGCAACUAUCAAUCCAGUCGAGGGAGGUCUCAGUUUGCUCACCGAUGUUGCUCACAAAUUGGUGCGUACUCAAAGCAUUUACGAUUAUAUUGAAAGUAUGAAAAGAAAUAAUAUGCAAGAGAGUGCAAUCAAUCAGAGUCUUGAAGGAAAGAUUGUUAUUACAACAACCUAUAGAAUUCAUAAGAUUGAGUGGUCAAUGAACCCAGAUUCCAAGUUCCAAACUCAAAAAGGUUCAACUUCAUUCAGAUCAUACUACUAUGACCAACACAAAUUGAGAGUAACUAGCGAUAGACAACCACUGAUUUCCUCUCAGGUCAAAAGACGUGGUCAAAAUGAAAUCAUUUAUCUUAUCCCAGAGUUUGCUUUCAUGACUGGAGUACUACUAACUGACAAACGAAAUUCAUUCUCAUUACAACUCACUUGUAGUUCCGAUGAUCUUAGAUCGGAUUACCAUACGAUGAAGAAGAUGUCGGAUAUCACCAACGUUCUACCAAAAGAAAGAUUCAAACAGUUGAAAUCUCUUUUGGAAAGUUUCAAAACUGAACCUAAAGCAUCCAAAGAAAUGGAUACCUGGGGAAUUUCAUUUGACAAUGCUUUGGAGGUAGAUGGUAUCAUAUUGCCAAAACAGACAAUUGAGAAAAAUCGUCACCAGCCAUUGGCCGGUUUUAAAUGGGUCAUUAUUUGCACGCAAAAGGAUCGUGAAUGCGUCCAUAGAUUCUCUAAAGAGAUGUUGGCACAAUCAAAGAUGUGCGAACCUCUCAUUCAUGUUCUUGAAGACAGAGGUCGUGGUCCUCAAGCACAGCAAUAUGUCGAUGCCAUCCAAUAUAUUUUGGACAAGGAAAAAGGCAACAAGCCUGCUUUCUUCCUCUGUGCCAUCCAACAGAAACCGGACUUCUAUAACCUGAUCAAGAAGUAUACAUUGAUCACUGCAAGAGUCAUCACUCAGUGUAUUCUGGCAAAGACCAUGGAUAAGGACAACAUUGGUUCCGUCGUUUCCAAGGUUAUCUUACAGGUCAUUGCCAAGCUCGGUAAGGAUCCAUGGGUUCUCAAGAAUCCAGGUUACAACAUUCCCGAGCACACCAUGGUUGUCGGUAUCGACGUUGGACACAACGCAGCCACCAGAGGUAAAUCUAUCGUCGCCAUCACAGCAACACUGAAUCGUUCGCUGACCCGUUACUUCUCGACUGCCAUCAUCCAGCAGACACCGGGCAAAGAUAUCAUUGACUCGCUCCAAACCUCGAUGAAAGAGUGCAUUCAGGCGUUCCAUAAGGAAAACAACCGAUUGCCCUCGUUGAUUAUGAUCUACCGUGACGGUGUCGGUGACGGCAUGCUGGAGAAGGUGCUCAAACACGAGGUCGGCACGGUACGUGAGGCUAUCAAUGACAUUCCAGCGCAUCUCGGUGAUCGUCCAAAACUUAUAUACACAAUCGUCAAGAAGAACACCAACACCAGAUUUUUUAAUAUGCGUGGAUUCGAAAAUCCAGGCGCAGGCACUGUCGUGAACAAGGGUUGUGUACACAAGGAUUGGUUCGAGUUUUACCUCAUCUCUCAGAAAGCGAAUAGAGGUACCGUCAACCCAACACACUACCACAUCAUUGCUGACGACAGUAAUGUUAGUGCUGAUGAUAUUCAAUUGUUCACUUACAGUCUUUGUCACAUGUACUUUAAUUUCGACCAAGCUGUCAGGGUUCCAUCGGUCUGUCAAUACGCACAGAAAUUGUCUUUCUUGAUCGGUAAAAAUCUACAUGCAUCGCCACAUCAAGAUAUGAAUCUUAGUUUAUAUUUCCUUUAA